AUGGCGUCGCUCACAGUGUACAAGAUGGCUGAAGUCGCGGGCCACACGACUGUCGACGACUGCUGGAUCGUCGUUGGCGAGACGGGUGCCAAGAAGGUGUACGACGUCACCAAGUUCUCGGACGACCACCCGGGCGGCGCCGACUUCAUUUUGAACCACGCUGGGAAGGACGCAACGUCGUUGUUUGAGCUCUUUGGGCACUCGACGGACGCGCGCAAGACGCUCGCCAAGUACCUCAUUGGCGUCCUCGACGAAGACGACGCUACGGCGCCGUAGCUUUUCUUAGUAUUUGGUGAGGUAGAUGAAUGAAUGGUAGUAGUAUGUAUA